AUGAAAUCAACAAAUGAACUUGGACUUGUUACUGAACGUGUUCAAGUUUCAACACAAGUCGAUUUAAGUGAACUUGUUUGUUCAACAAUAUGUGAAAACAUUUUAUGGAAACCAGUCUCUUGUCAACAGUGUGAGACUCAUUUCUGUUCGACGUGCAUCAGACAAUGGUUAAUAAAACGUCCAAAUCAAUGUCCUAUACGAUGCGAUACUUUCAUUGAACGACCGUGUUCUAAGUUCAUUGCUAGACAAUUAGCUAAAUUACAAAUCGCUUGUAUUCAUCAGCCGAAUGGUUGUAAGGAGAUUAUUCCAUAUGAAGCACUUGAAAAACAUGAGAUGAUGUGUGGUUAUCAACUUGUCAAAUGCACCGCUUGCGAAAUGGAAAUAUUGCAAAGGAAUCUUAGUGAACAUCAAUCACAAUGUUCAUUGAUUCCACAGACAACUGCAGAUUGUAAAAUUCUUUAUCAACGAGAUGAUACUUUCGAACGUCGUUCUGAUAUAAAUAGUAUUAGAGAAGAACUUCGACAAGAAUGCCGAUAUGAGAUUCAGCAACUCAAACAAGAGGUUCGACAAGCACAGAGUAAGAAACCAAAACACUCGAAUGAAAUCAAUUUGUAUUGUAAAAACUAG